AUGUCAAAGACGGCCAAAGCCUUCUUCGGUGGUUCUGUCAUACUGUCAGCUUUCACAGUUUGGGGUGUACAUUAUCUUCAAAAGAGAGAAUCAGAUACAAUGUACCUCGGUGUCCUCCGUGACGAAGCUCGACUUCGUGCUAAAGCCGCUGAAAAACAAGCUUUGGAAUCAUUACCUUCAGCUUCUUCUAUUGAUCCCGAUUGUCCCGUUUGCGUCAUCUCUCCUCCUCCUCAAUUAUUACAAAAUCUCUCUCCUGAAGAUCGAAGGAAAGAUAGAGAAGAUCGUAAGAAAGAAUAUGAGAAUCAGAAAGUUUUAGCUGGGACUUUAAGCGUUGAACAAGGUGUUUCAGAAAGAUGGGUUUAA